AUGAAGUUGACACCAAGGGAGGUGGAGAAGUUAGCCUUGCACGGCGCGGGGCACCUGGCUCAGAAGCGCCUAGCUCGGGGCCUGCGCCUCAACUAUACCGAGGCAGUGGCUCUCAUCGCGACGCAGGUGAACGACUUAGCCUGCCGAGCGUCCGAUCUGGAAUCCUUAUAACUGUCUUUACGAUGCUGUCACUGAGAUUAUAAAGUUUUGUGGCAAUUUUAGAUUCCAUAUUAAAUGCGUGGGAGAUCCAGUUUUUUGUUGUCUUUUCCUGUUUAUAAUAUGGAAUUCAGUUUUUCGCCGGAGGAAAAUAACUUCCAAUUUUUCUCGUAAUGGAAAGUUUUAUACUUUUCGGCCUGAGGUAUGUUUUAAGGUGCUCCACGUGCCCACGUAAGGUCUAAAACCGCGUCUAGAGAGAUUAAGCUGAAAUUUUUUGGGAUGCUGUUAUGUCGUCAUGAACUUUUAUGAUGAAUGAGAAAUCAAUAUAACUCAAAGAAGUGACAGCACGAAGGAAUUGGGCCGUGAAGAUGAAAGUGGUUCUAGAAAUCGUGGGGAGGUGAAAGAAGGAAUAAUAAAUAAGGCAUACUUUAGUUAGAAAGCAUCAAAAGAUGACUGCACAUAAUAGUAGAUAGAUUUGUGGGAAGAUGGCCUGAGAUACAGACGAUGAUCCUGAAGAGUCGAACAGAAGUAGAAAAUGUCGUGUUUUUUCCUUUCACAUUGGCAUAUUGUGGAUUACCUUGCUUCAUUUGUUUCUUCUUGAUGGUAAAAAAAUUCCCUAGAGGUGGGAUUAAAACCUUGCAGUAAAUGCAUCAACAGCCAGAGCUUAUUAUAUCACUGGUAGAUUGUUAAAUUAGGAUGAAAUGGCAGCAUCCUUGAUGAAAAUUGGUUCAAAUCCGGACGGAAACCUUUUUUUCAUGAAUAGUGUCUUCCAAUUUAUUUUCUUGGGUAAUUUCUGGUGUUCGUUUAGCAAGACAAUAAUCCAUGUUACCUUGAUUGUUUGUGUACAUAUUUCCUCUCCCUUCGGACUUUUCUGUACUCUCCUUCAGGUUUUCUUUUGAAAUUGCUUCUUGUGAAAAUUUUAUAAAGCCAUCAAAAGAUAGUUCAAAGAAUUGGAAUCAAUAUGACACUGCUGUCUUCUGCUCUUUUUCCACGUUAUGAAUUAUAGAUUUUGGAGUUCGUUCGCGAUGGAGACAAGUCUGUGGCUGAACUAAUGGAUAUUGGAAAACAGCUUCUGGGAAGGUAAGAUAUUUAGUGAGAUAACUUCUAUGUUAAUGUACAUGAAAAGUCUCCAUUCCUACAAGAACCAUCGAAAGUAAGACCUCCUGAAUCAAGAGUGCUAGAAGUUAAAAACUUAAUACGGUCAUUAAUGCAUUCCAUUUUCUUGUCUACGUACAUAUUUUCUACUCCAUAUGAUCAUUUUCUCGGUAAUUAAGACAUCUUGGUAUGCACUUAUGUUUGCGUAUGCUGAAACAACUACUUGUGAAUUAUAUUAAAUGAUAUUUUCAACAUGUCCCUAAACUAGAGACGUAAUAUGGAAGGGAAUGAGGGAGGUGGUUGAAAAUAACCAACUAUUGUACAUCUACAGUUGUUUUGAAAUAACUACUGAUAGCCUCCAUCCGUAGACCCAUAAACAUCUACAAUAGUCAUAGAUGAUAUACUUCCGCCUGAGUGAAUUAUUGAUUUUUUUUAUUUUUUUUUAUUUAUUCCGUGUAUCACCAUUGAAAUGUCUCGAUCAACAUAACUCGCAUAGGCCUCAUUUCAGUGUUCCUAUUCCUAGUCAACGCCUAUCUCUGGGUCAACUCUUCCGCUAUUAGCCUACAACUAAUGGAAUAGACUGAGGAAGACGACUGGAAAAAGAUCUAUUAUUCUUCCAUAUCUUUCUUAGGUAAAUCUUGGGAUUUGAGCCCCAGGUCGGCACCUGGUCACAGGGAAUGAAUGUGUUGUAGUUUUGGGAAAAAUUAUUAAUAUUGAAAAUCAUGUAACUCACUCUAUGCGAGCUGUAUUGAGCAAGAUCAACACCUAUAUUAAACCCGAAUAAUUUCAACCUUGCCCGGUUUUUAAUACUCAGCUUAAACUUUUUAUUAUGAUUUUUUGGACUCUAUUUAUUAGUGUUAUAAAAUUGAUGAUAAGUUAUCUCUUUCUUUAUUUCUCGUAAUUCCUACCCAUAUUUUCUUGUUAAUGCCAGGCGGCAAGUUCUUCGGGCAGUCCCAUACCUUCUGGACAUGGUUCAGGUAAUUUUUUUAUUUUUUAUUUUCUGCUGUCCCAGUUUUAAACACUUUCAAUGAAAACACGGCGAAGGAAACUGAUCUAUCGACUGCAACAAGCAAACGAUAAUGUGACUGAAUGAGGGGAAUGACAAGUAUUUCCAUCAUACUUUGACCUCAGUUUGAUUCUGUGUUCUUUUUAUGUGGGUAUACCUCGGAACAUAGAACAGCAUAUUACUUGAUGCGUAAUAGUCUUUCUCAUGUGCACCUCACAUCCGGAUCUAUGACUUUUUUUUAUUAUCGUCCAUAACUUGCCAAUGUUUCUCUUUCGUCUAUUUUUGGGUCCUCUAAAAUUGAUGAUAGUGGAGAGAAGAUUUGUACAACGAAGAGUAUAUUUACCCUUUUCGUGCACUUUAUAACGUCUUUUCUGACCUAACUAUAUAUUUUUUUUCACGCAUUUUCUUUUAACCUUGUCACGACCUGUAUUUAUUUUCCAUUUGAGAAUCAGGUUGAGGGAACCUUCCGUGAUGGCACGAAGUUAAUCACCGUCCACAAUGCAAUUGCGAGUGACGAUGGUCAGCUGGAGCUAGCUUUGCAUGGUUCCUUUCUUCCAGGUGGGAAAUGCCUACUAGGAAGAAUGCUUAAUUCUAGCGACUUUUCGCUGCAACUGCAGUGCAAGGUCUGCUUGUAGUUCGCCUGCAAACGUUUAGUUUCAUUGGGAGAACCAUGAUCUGUGCCUUGGAAACUUAUGGGAGCACAGUAGGAAAAUAUUAUUUAUUCUGUCAUAAGUUGCAUAAAUAGUGACAAUGAAUUGUAAAUUUUUUUUUCGUGAUUCCUAAAGUAUUAUCUUUGAAAGGAGGAAGAGGAAAGUGUAAAUGCAUCUUUAUGUAUUCCGUUUCUUGUCAUUAUUGGUUAUUAGAUAGGUCUUCUCCUCAAGUGGCGUCGUAUGGCCCACUGAAUGUUUGACUAGCAAAUUGGAGUCGGGUCAGAUAUUGCUCUGACUAGCAAAAAACCUGUGUCAUACCGGGGAUAUCCCCAUUCACACUCCUAUAGAGAAAAAAAAGAAACUGUGAAAAGAAGAAAAGAGAAUGCUACACAUUUCUUCUCUAUACUUCUCAUCAAGGAUCAGACCACUUGAUUAUGGAUUAGCCCUUUGAGCAGUUUUUUUACCAUCUGUGCUAUGGCUCUCUAGAUUUGGUCCAUCUCAAUGUGACACAGUAGUGUCCACCAUUUUAAUACUAAUUACGAGAAAUUAAUUCGAUCAUCAGAAUGAUUAAAGGGAAUUCCCCACAAAUUAGCACACCGUUUGAACAUAAUCGACAACAUGGGAAUUUUCCCAAUUUUUGACGCAAGCUGUACUUGGUAUAGCGCCACUACGAACAUUCCGAUUAUUUGAUUGUGUAUUUUCUGGACUUGGCUCGGUUUUUUUCCAUCUGUCAUCUGUUCUAUACCUUUGUUAUAGUUCCUCAGAAUUGACUUGGCUUGAUCCGAAUCUAGGCAUACCGUAGUCCCAAAUUUUCUUUCGAAUUCCACAUUUUAACACUUACCAAGGAAAAAAGGCAUUCAACCGUGAGAAAGGGCAGAGUCCAUUCACGUGAGACUAAACUGUGUCAUAUGUUAUGGCACUAUCGACUUUAAUGCAUAUGCAAGGCCUGUUCUCACAUUAAUUACACUGUUAUACAUCUGUAUUUUAUCAUUUGGAAGGUCCUGCGAUAUAGUGAAUUCUCUAUUGCGUUUCCUUCUCUAUAAAAUAUGUUGUGACCAUAUCGUAGUUUAAUUUCAGUCUGCUGAAGUAUUGUUGCUUCAAUUAUGCAGUUCCAGCACUUGAGAAGUUUUUGGGAAAUGAUCCCGAUGAUUUUCCUGGUGAAUUGAUUUGUGGGGAUGGAAAUAUCACGCUUAAUUUGGGAAGAAAAGCCGUUGUACUUAGAGUUGUUAACAUGGCAGACAGGCCCGUUCAGGUAUACUGCUUAUUUUAUAUUUCCAUCUCUCCUAUUUGCUUACAUCUUAUGGUAGAUUCCUACAUCAUGAUCAUGCUUCAGGCAUGUUCUUAUGUACAUAAUAUAGAAUUGAAUUCCCUCUAAGAAUGCCAAGUUAGAGAUAUCGAUGAUGAAUAUUGUAUUGCCAAAGAAAAUUUGUAAAUGCUGUAUGACGGAACUCCAUUCGGAGUAAAAUUCUGAAACAGGUUUCAUUUAUUAUUUUGUUAAUAAUGUUUAUUUUUCGUCCAUAUCCAUAUAUCAAUUAUCAUAUUCUUUUUUUUUUCAGAUAGGGAGCCACUAUCACUUUGUUGAGGUGAACCCUUACUUGGUUUUUGAUAGAAAGAGAGCCUGUGGCAUGAGGUUAAAUAUACCAGCAGGAACAGCUACUCGGUUCGAGGUAGGAACAGCUACUUGGUUAUUCCUAUCAAUGGAUUUUUUAGCACAUUCCAUUUUUGGGUUCCUUUUUGUUUCUCUGAUUAGAACAUUCUUUCGUGGAUUUAUAUCCUUUCUGUAAAAUCCUACUACCAGAAUCACAACAUGGCAUUUUUUUUUGUGGAUCUGCGUAUGUUGACCGAUUGCAAAAUGUGGUGCAUUAAAAGCCAUUAUAAUCCGUGAGAGUUAUGAAGUAAUUUUACGUAACUGAUGUCUUAUAUUCUGAACAUAAAAAUUGGAGAAUCAUUAAGGCAGCUCCUCGGCCUGUCUAAGAUCUCGGGUUGAGAUGAGAACCAUCAAAGGUCUGAAAUUUUUUGAGAAAGGAUUCACAAUUUCUCAUGAUUUAAAACGAGGAAAUUUGGAUGAGGAGUACAUCCCGUAGAUAAUGACGUAGACACAACCAUAAUAUUUUUCUUCUCUUUAUUUCACAUUUUUGUAGAUCAGAAUCUGUCACUUCUGCUGAAAUUAGGAAAACAAGGUCCAUGUAGCUCGGAUAUGUUAAAAAGAUGCUGUGAUCAAUCAUAACGAUUUGUUAAGGCUGACAUCAUAGCGACUUGUUAAGGACUGUGUACUCCAUUUUGAUUCGGUGUUGGUUAUUUUAUACCCAAUGAAGAAUAUUCCCCUCCAAGAUCUUCACGUAUGUCAUAUUUCCUUGAUUUGAAAGCCAACAUGCUUUCUAUUAGAGGAUUGCAAUUACAUUGUCAGUUUAUCUGAUAUUUUCCCCAUAUGAUCGCCCAUGGUGCGUGACAGAUUGUACUUCAUAGUAGGAUUUGAUUCUGAGGCUUUGAAUUCAUAGCGUCCUACAAACAGCCUCUCAUAUACACAUUCGUUUCCCCACUGAUCAACCAUUUUUCAUCAAGAAGGAAGAGAAGGGAAAGUCAUGCUAUGCCAUGAGCAUAUUUUAAAGACCUCAAGAUGUGAUGAUGGAUGCUUGGUACAUAAUAUGACAGUAAUGUUGAAAACUUUCACUUUGUAAAACAAGUUUUGGACUUGUCAUAUAGUGUUAGUGUUGGAUCCUGAUGAAUUGCCUCUGAAUAGAAAAUUAGAGAUGUUGUAAUUGGAGUUAUUAAUAUCACCUCUCUUCUCCCAAGAGGAUGUAAAUCAUUUAGUUACUGCUGGUUUUCCUCAGUGGCAUAAACAAGAUUACCAUAGUUUCAUGAAUUAAAUGAUACAAUUGAUUAGAUAAUUUUCGCGAUCAGCAUUAUCUUAUGUAAAUCGUGUGCACUACUAGAAACUCUGAAUUCAGGUAGUUCGAACAAGAGCCCAUAAAAACCUGUCUCAGAUGCAUAAGCUGCGAGAUGGAUAAUUGGAUAAAGACUGGACGCCAAUGCUAUUACCGUUGAUAUUUGGGAAGGAUUAUUUUUUAAUACUUUUUUUCUUAGCUGGUGUUUUGUUCUUAUGUUCUUAAUUUAUAUUUCCAUAAUAUAAUCGCCUUUUUUCAUGAUUUUCUUAGCUGAUUAACGAUCUAUCUGUCAGACUUGUUCUCAAGUUUUUAUGCAGUACUUUCUUUUGGUGAAAACUAUUCAGUCUGUAUUCUCAAUUUUUUAAUUCAUACGUUAUUUUUUUUGCUAAUAUCUGGUGAAUGUUCCCAUUGAUACUAAAAGCCUGGAGAAGCGAAAAACGUAACUCUUGUCAGCAUUGGCGGGAAGAAGGUGAUUAGGGGUGGAAACAGCAUUGUGGAUGGUCCUGUUAAUGCAGUUCAGAUUGAAAGUAUUAUGGAAGCUGUGCGUGCCAACGGAUUUGGACAUGAAGAAUACCCUGAAGCCAGGUUUGAUUUCUUCAUGGGUGUCGCUAAAUAUCCAGUUUCUAUGCAUUUAAUUUAAAAUAUUUUAAAAAGGACACUUGUAGUGUUCAGUGUACGCUCUUUGUGUACUAAAUUUCUUGUUUGUUUGUUCCAGUGAAGGCAUUGUCGCAGACAACUCCCCUUUUAGCGUGAAAGUUUCUCACGAGUCAUAUGCCAACAUGUAUGGGCCUACUGUUGGUGAUAAGAUACGGCUUGGUGAUACGGACUUGUACGCUGAAAUUGAAAGGGAUUUUGCAAUUUAUGGUGAUGAAUGCGUAUUUGGAGGCGGAAAAGUUCUCCGUGAUGGAAUGGGACAGGCUACUGGUUAUCAUCCUUCCCUGUGCUUAGAUACCGUCAUAACAAAUGCAGUGAUCAUUGACUACACAGGAAUAUACAAAGCAGAUAUUGGUAUUAAAGGAGGAAUCAUCUUUGCCAUUGGUAAAGCAGGCAAUCCUGACGUGAUGGAUGGCGUUCAUGAUGGCAUGAUAAUAGGAGUGAGUUAUUAUACUUCAAUGAUGUUACUGUCAAGUUGCAUCUUGAAUGUUCUUUCUAUCUGAUGCUCGUUUUAUAUCUUCAAGCACAGGUCAAUACUGAAGUCAUUGCUGGCGAAGGCAUGAUUGUCACAGCAGGGGGCAUUGAUUGUCACGUACACUUUAUAUGCCCUCAGCUGGCUCAGGAGGCAAUUUCAAGCGGUAAGAAUAUUGUAAAAUACUAAUUUUCAAAUUUUAUUCUUCCUCAUGCAACGUUGUGGAUUUUUUUGGAUACUCUUACUUUCCUAGAUUUCCAAGGAUUAUCUACUUUUUGACGACCUUGGCAACACACUAAAAAUUCACAAUGACUGUAGAGGUGAAUUCCUUUGUAGGGGGCAAAGUAUUGUCCCUACUCUUUAAUCCACACUAAUUAGAUCAAAAUCUGCGUGGAGGAUGCUCUUAAUAAAAUCUUGAUGCAUAAGUCUCAGCUGGCUCAAUGAGAAACUUCACCAGGGAACUCGAUUCUUGCUUGACUGCCUCUCCGGAUUAUUGUACUUUAUUGACAGUGAAUUUUCGAUCAGUCUUCGUAGGAUUAAUUGGUGUGCUUCGGUUAUUGAUGAUAUAUCAUAUAGAAUUGGCCAAUUUCAUCGUGGAUCAGAAUUUAUCCCAUCUGACCCAGUUUCAGGGGAGAAAUCCAAUCCCAAUAUGCUGUGCAUAUGAAAGUGGGCUUUAAUUCCAGAAUAAUUUGAUCCCUUGCUAAUUACUGAACGAUUUUGAUCUAAGCCAGAUCAGAUUGGUUCCAACUAAUUCAGGUCUGAAAUCUGACUCUGUUGAUCAAAAUUGAUAGGUGUUACACAGAAUUCCAGGAAUUAUACGGUAAACAUGCCUAGACGUCUCGCUUCUUCUUUCGAUUAUGUUCCUUGUAUCAUCCUUAUUUCUUUCAUGGUGAGUGGGUAUGUCGACACGUAAUGUUCUUUUCUGGGGGUAUGAAAUAAAAGGAUAAAUGCCUGCCUGAGGUUUAUCUAUGUUUUGCUUAAAAAAAUUCUAGCCAAAUAUAUAAUCCAUAUUUUCGUCCUAUAUAUUAUUCUAUGUCAGGCAUUUGGAUGUACUUGGGAUAUUCACAAAAUCGCUACGAGCAUAUUUAGUUUCUAGAGAAACACGUCAUAGAUUUUUUUCGUCUGAUUUUCUGUCGGUAAAUGGAAAUAGAUUUGGUUCUCAUUAUUAUACGUGAUAUGCGCUUAUUAUUAUGUUGAUGUUUUAAAUUAUUGUCGGUUUUACAUUACAGACUGAUUAGUUUGCUCUUUCUUAGUGUUAAAGCUCAGAAGAGUUGAAAUAUUGUUCGUAUCUCAAUUCAUAUGCAUAUCUUCGUCAAAGUCUUGUGUUUUUAUGCAUACAUGGUGGUUCAUCUUAGCUGGUCGGCUGUCAUGUUUAGGGGUAUCAUUUUCCUGUUGAUAAAAGUAUAUAUUAUUUAAAUCUAGGCUGCAGCUUAAAUUCUCCUUGAAGGUAUCCUCAAUGAAAUUCUCUUUGAAGGUAUCACGACACUAGUGGGAGGCGGGACAGGACCGGCAGAUGGAACUCGUGCAACAACUUGUACACCUGCACCAUUCCACAUGCAAAUGAUGCUGCAGUCAACCGAUGAACUGCCUAUAAAUAUUGGCUUCACGGGCAAGGUAUUAUUAUGUUAAACGCACAUAUUUUGCAAGUAGUUCGAUUAUCGAAUUGCUCGCCAUCAUUUUGGUUCUCUAUUUUGCCCUUUUCCAAGAAAGAGGCUUUGUUUUUUAUCAAAAUUAAUUCUUACUGAAAAAAAGAGAAACUUUCUUCAUCAGAGGAAAGAAAAAGCACCUUACUGUUCAGUGUAUGGAGUGGUUAUUUCCGAACUGCAGCGCAUUUCUUGUUACCGGGGUUCUUCUGAGGGAAAGAUUGGAGGAUCUAACGAUUCCGGUCUUCUUGUGUAGUAAUUAUUUUCCAUUUUCCCUGGCUAAUCAGGGAAACAGUUCUAAACCUGAUGGUUUAACCGAAAUCAUAGAGUCUGGGGCAAUGGGCCUGAAACUGCAUGAAGAUUGGGGGAGCACCCCUUCUGCAAUCGAUAAAUGUUUGGAAGUGGCAGACACUUUUGAUAUUCAGGUAAUGAUCUAUACCUGGGCGUCCUUGUUCUUCAUUCAUAUUACAUAGUUUUUAAUCCUCUUUUGCGAUGCUAAAAUUCACCUAACACAGGUGAAUAUUCAUACUGAUACUUUGAAUGAAUCUGGAUGUGUGGAACAUACAAUUGCUGCAUUCAAAGGAAGAACAAUACAUACUUAUCACAGGUAUUCCUGCAUCCCAUCUUUUUCCCCCAAAAAUAUUGAUAGAAAGCUCCUGACAUUGUUCAACCAUGGUCUGGAUGAACUCAAGAGCACGAUUUCAUGGCUUCUGCUUUCAUGCUUCCAUCUUAUUACAGCUUCUGUUGUUGGCACCUGUCGAUCCCAGUUUUCUCGAAUAUUUUUACCAAGCUCUACGCGCUAUCAAUCAUUGCUGAUCGAAUUUCCCAUUUUAUUGGUGAUUUAUUAUUUUAUCAUUGGCUAUAUACCAUAUACAACAGUAUUAGAUGAAAGUCGAUUUAACAGUAGAUGUUGCGGUGUGUGGCGUUGACCAAAUGGGUGUUAUUCCUCAGUUUAUAAUAUAAUCAGAAGGCCUGAACCAAUGCUGAUCGUCUACAUAUAAUUUAUACCCACACGUAUAUUACUGAGGAUUGCUGCAUCCGGGUGUCUUCACAGUGAAGGUGCAGGUGGCGGGCAUGCUCCAGAUAUCAUCAAAGUCUGCGGGGUGAAGAAUGUCUUACCUUCAUCGACAAAUCCAACACGGCCUUUUACAAAGAAUACUGUAGAUGAGCACCUCGACAUGCUGGUAGGCAGAAUGAGCCCCCCCCCUUAAUUCUUCCAGGUCAAUCUUCUAGCAUAAAACUUUGACUCACAUCGCUUGCAGCUGGUCUGCCACCACCUUGACCGAGACAUCCCCGAGGAUGUGGCAUUUGCCGAAUCACGAAUACGAGCAGAAACCAUUGCGGCAGAAGAUAUCUUGCACGAUAUGGGAGCAAUCAGCAUCAUUUCAUCUGAUUCCCAAGCUAUGGGCCGCAUUGGAGAGGUUUCCUCCUCUUAGCACUUGGCAUGCCUUCAGAUAUUCUUUGCUUUAUAUCUUUACUCAUGGAUUUAUCAGAUACUGGUGACGAUGAAAGGUUUUUAUUUGAUGUGGUGGCAACAUCCAGGAAUCACAGCCCAAAUGAUCUGUUUCUCAGGUUAUAACGAGGACAUGGCAAACUGCUCAUAAGAUGAAGCUGCAGAGGGGGAGAUCAGUCGAACCUCCAUCCUCCGACAAUGACAACUUCAGGAUCAGGAGGUACGUCGCCAAGUACACAAUAAACCCAGCAAUAGCGAACGGAUUCUCCGAACUCGUCGGCUCGGUCGAGGUGCACAAAUCUCCCUCCCUUCUUUCUCUUCCACGAUAUCAAAUCACGCCUCUUCCAUCGCACUCAGUCCGUCGAACACCUGCUCCAGGCCGGAAAAUUCGCAGAUCUCGUCAUGUGGAAGCCUUCUUUCUUCGGUGCCAAGCCGGAAAUGGUGAUCAAGGGCGGCGUCAUUGCAUGGGCAAACAUGGGAGACCCCAACGCCAGCAUCCCCACCCCCGAGCCGGUGCCACCAUCAUCAACUUCCCUCCCUCCUCUUUCCCCAGCCGUUCUUCAGAGCCUGAUCCUUCCACAAACUCGCAGGUGAUAAUGAGGCCCAUGUUUGGCGCGUUCGGCAGUGCGGCGAGCGCGAGCUCCAUAGCCUUUGUGAGCAAGGCAAGUCUCAUCUCCUGCCCUCUUUCCUCCUUCGUCCACUCCAUUCAUCUGGGUUAUGGGCGAGGGAUCGUCUAAAGCUGUGUCCUUUGCUGCUCUGUGGCAGGCUGCGAAGGAGGCCGGUGUUGCGGCAAGGUACGGGCUGAAGAAGAGGGUGGAGGCCGUCGGCGGCGUGCGGGGCCUCACGAAGCUGGACAUGAAGCUGAACGACGCCCUGCCGAAGAUUGAGGUCGACCCCGAGGCGUACACCGUGACCGCCGACGGCGAGGUCCUGAGCUGCGCCCCGGUGAGCUCCGUCCCCCUCUCCAGAAAUUACUUCCUGUUCUAG